AUGAUUCUUCCAUCCGCUAAGGUGGACGGUGAAUUCUCUUGGAUAAGUCCAUUUACACUUGCUUUUGAUCCUUCUCGAUCGCCUAAUUAUAGAGUUGUUUGUUUCAAGAGGCUUAAGAAAGAAUCACCUGAAUCAACUGGAAGUUACUACUUUCAGAUAUUUAUAUAUUUAUCUGAGAUGCGUAUAUGGAAAUCUAGCAAUUCUUUUGAAGUGAACAUGUGUCUAGACAUGGCUGCGGGAAUCUUCUCAAAUGGUGUUGUUCAUUGGGCUUGCCAUGAACAGUACAUCCGGUUCGAUAUGAAUGAGGAGAAGGUGAUGCUACUGAAAUUACCUUUUGUUUAUGUAUUUAAUGAACAUUCAUGGGAUAUUGGCUGCUUUUGGGAAUGGCGUGACACUAUCUAUUCAGCUAUGAAAAGUGAGUGGAAUUUUAGUUUGCAUGAGCUGGAUCAAGCUACUUUAAAAUGGAUUCCGCACAAGUAUUACCUUGCUUCCUAUAGUCUUGCGAAAGCAGUAUAUCGUGCAGUUACGAAGGAAGGGACAGAGGCACACAAAUAUGAUCGAACAGAGCGCAAGUUCUCUGUAAUUGCUUUGGUCAAGGGAGUCAAGGAAAAGGAUACUGCAGUAUUGAUAGUCAUAUUUGGCAAAGUCAUUUCCUAUAAUUUUGCACGGAGGAAGAUUAAAAUCAUUCUUGACUUGGGAUUGCCGAGUGAUAUUCAAGGAGAUUUAUGUUGUAAUUGCCUUAGUGCUUAUCAGUAUGUUCAAACUCUGUCUUCUGUUUGA